AUGUCACUCGCAGCGCUCUGUGAGAUGGCUAAACUUCCCCUAGUGGCCGAUGAAGAGCAGGAGUGGACACGGUCACUUUUCACAGAGGAAGGCAGUGUCUCACACGUCGACCUGUUCUCUCAGGUGACAGAGAACCGGGAGGCUUGGGCAGCUCUGGUCUCACUGAUGGGAGAGGAGUAUAUAAUACCUCCUAAUACUGCAUUCCUCCUCUCUGAUUUCACAAGAUUACAACCACUUGUGCAAAGUGAGUGGGAGUAGGUUGACCUCAUCGUCAUGGAUCCGCCGUGGGAAAACAAGUCCGUGAAAAGAAGUCGCAGGUACAGCUCUUUGCCUUCGUCCCAGCUAAAACGCCUCCCCGUCCCCCUGCUGGCCUCUCCGGGCUGUUUGGUGGUCACCUGGGUGACAAACCGGCCAAGCCACCUUCGUUUUGUCCGUGACGAGCUGUACCCACACUGGGCUGUGGAAGUUGUGGCCGAGUGGUUCUGGGUCAAGGUCACCACGUCCGGGGAGUUCGUGUUCCCUCUUGAAUCGCCGCACAAGAAGCCGUAUGAAGUGCUGGUGCUGGGUCGGUAUCGUCCUACCGACGGCCUCACGAGCCCUUUAGAAACGGAAAGCGUUCCAGUUGAAGAUAAACGUUUGAUUGUGAGCGUCCCGUCAGCCCUGCACUCCCAGAAGCCCUCACUGUCAGAGGUGUUAAAGUUAUACGUUGGAGCUGAAGCUGAGUGUUUGGAGCUGUUUGCGCGGAGUCUUCAGCCGGGCUGGACCAGCUGGGGCAACGAGGUGCUGAAGUUUCAGCACGUCACCUACUUCAGCUUGGAAGCCGAGGCCAGAGAAGACGGCGCGGACGACCCCGCCGUCGCACUUGAUUGCAGUUUGCCUGAGAAAAGCGACGGUCUAGAAGUGUCCAGCCUUCCUGCCAAUAGUGCAGAUAGUUGACAUUCGACCUGUUGGUUAAAUUUACUUUGUUUUUAAUAAAGAUUUCUGCUGCUCCAGCUUCGGUUUUUGAUCUGUAAUCUGCAUGCAUGCAGGACUUGUUAUCCAUUCCUCUUUUAAUUUUUUUUCUUUCUUUGGUCUUGAUAAAUCUUAAGGUGGCGAUGAUGCUGUUAGAGAGAUGAAAGAGCAUUUCUGUGCAGCUGUUUCGAGCCCAACC